AUCAUGUCGGGAGCAACCGCUCCAGAAGCUGCGCACGCCAACCACCAGAGCCAUGCAUAGCAUAGCGCGAGGCGAAUCGAACGCCACUACGACGUGAUCCGCGGCCUCCGCUGUGAGUAUGGAGUCUCGACAGGACGGGACGCCCGGGACGGUGGACACUCGGCGACGCGAGAAGGCGAUGGCGGUGAAUCCUGUCUCAGUCAACAGCUUAGUGUCACUCCUGAGAGGUGCGAUCGUUUACGCACUCCUGCCCCAAGGCAGCCACGAAAAAGCUAUCAACUCGUUUGCGGGCCCAUAUGUGGCUUACGCGGAUCGGUUUAUAAAUUGUGAACAGCAAUACGCGUGGAGAAUGUAUUUACGAGCUACUCACUUCAACCCCCAGAAACCAAAUGAACUGCAACUUCUUAACGGAAAUUUGACUGCUACAAAAGGAUUUGAUGACAAUUGUUGGGCAAAAGUAUACCUGGAUAUUCGAAAUAAUAAUCAAUGGAAAGAAAACGCUUUCGUCUUUGAAUUUAAAGACAAGGCGUGUACAACGCUGCGAACAAACUUACCCGGACCUGCUAACAUUUUCUUUGGAAAAGGAAAUGGAGAAAGGAAACCCUGCGUUAUUCCCCCUGGAGUUCACAAGGCGGACCAAGAACCCGUUGAUUGGACGUUUCCGAAGUUUCCAGUCAUGCCUUAUGGACAUUACAAAUUUCGACUUAACAGUAAUGCCAACGAGAUUAUAUUGUGCUUGCAAGUGGAAUGUCAUAUAAUUCCUAAACUUAAAUGAGAAGCAGAACUGGGUCACAUUACAUACAUAUAAAAGUUCAUCAAAUUUAAAA